GGGGAAUUGCGACUUAUUAAGCAAUUACAUUUUCGCUACGCCGGCGAACUGAAGUUAAAUUGUCUAUCCGCAUCCGCACUAGCACUACAUCAAGGAAUCCCAAAAUGCUGUCCAGGGUCUUCUGCAUGCGUCUGAACACCUAUGGUGUGGUCAUUGGAUGGCUGGGCGUGAUUCUCUCCUUCUUGGCCACGAUCCUUUUGUCCGUCGCCCUGGGAUUCGUCGAUGAAAUUGCGCAGCAGAUCGCCAAGGAGUCCAAAGAUCCCGACAUGACGACCACCCAGAUUCGCAGUAUGCUAAUCAUCGUGUUCAGUGUUUACUUGGCGCUCAAGGUGAUUAAUCUUCUGGCUUCGGCCAUGUUGGUUGCAGGUACCGUUAAGGAACGUCAUCUGCUCCUGGUGCCCUGGCUGAUCAACAAUGGAGUCCUGCUUGUCUUUGGAAUCGUCGCCAAUAUUGCAAUCUUGGCCCAGGUCAUCGAAAGUACGCCCUUCGUGAGCGCCCUUCCUCUCAUUUUGGUGGAUGUGGGCCUGCUGGUGCUGAGCUGGUAUCUGUACUACGGCAUCUACUCGCUCUUCAAGCAGAUCCAGGCAUCCAGUGAGAUCCAGCGCCCGCUGAUCCCGCCGCCAACCCAGCAGACCAACUCCUAUCCCAGCUACACCAAGAUUUAAACCCUGUCUGAAACUUUCCAUUUGGCGAGCUCUGAUUACGUCAUAUACUGUUCGAAUGCUAUCAACGGGGCUUCCCCGACUAACACAAUAUUUCCCUAGCUAGUAACACCAAAAUUAUGUACUACGUGGUAUUUUCGUUGCAUCAGAGAACGAAUAUCCGUGUGUACAUCCUAUAUAUUUACUUCAACGCGAUCGUUGUCUAUACGUAUAUUCCAUAUUUCGAUUGGCUACAGAAAAAAAUAUAUAUUUUGUAUACAUAA